AUGAUCAGAGUCCUUCAAGGUAAUCUGAGUAGGUGCAUACUAGCACAACACCUCCUUCGCCAAAGGAUCUUUGACGGUAAAGUCGACAUCUGCAUCAUCUCCGAACAACAUUCAAACUUCCAGGACGGGUUAUGGUUCGCAGAUGAAACUGGGACAGCAGCACUAUCGAUCGCAAAUACAAAAAACAUUACCGCAAUCAACAGCGGAAGUGGAGCAGGCUUUGUCUGGAUUGAAACCCCUACAGCCUACUUCAUGAGCGUCUACCUCUCGCCUAACGAGGGAAUCAGUGUGUUCCGUCAGAAACUGGCGACCAUAGAGGACGCUAUCGGCAAGUUCAACGGCGGAGUCAUUGUUGCUGGUGAUUUCAACGCCAAAUCGGCAGAAUGGGGCGCAGCGUUCUCUGAUACCAGAGGAAAUGAAGUCGCUGAUGCCGCAGCAAGACUUGACCUCAUUGUACUGAAUACUGGAAAUACCACGACAUUCCGGGGACCAGGGUACCAAGAAUCCGUGAUUGACAUUACGUUAGCGACCCCAAGGAUUGGGAACACAAUUGAGAGCUGGACCGUAUCCGAAGAAUACAAUGGUAGUGACCAUCAGUAUGUGACCUUCAGUGUUGGACUUGUACCUGGCUCGGCUCCGCAGUGCACCCUAUACAAAAGGAAGUGGAACGCUAGCAAGCUUGACGUCGAUGCUCUACGCACUUCUUUCAUACGGAGCAUACCAACUCUCCAGAGAAACCCCAGUCCAAGCACCCACAAGGAGACGGAAGAAAUAGUGACAAGAACCAUGAACAUUAUUCUCGACUCAUGA